AGAUAUCUACCGCCCCAUCUCCGCUCAGCUCAGCUGGCUGCAAAGGCCCAUGGUGACGUGGCGGAGACCGAAAAUCGACGGAGACUCGAACGAAAAUCUCAGAAUCUGUUGAACAAAGUAAGCGAAGCCAGCCUUGGAAGUAUACUUGCAGAACUCGAGGAACUGUACCAUGCCCACAGCAGAAAUGACGUGACUACUGUUCUGACUGACCUGAUCAUACAAAUGAUCUCGUCUCGUUCAAACUUGCUAGGGUCAUUCGUCACUCUCUAUGCUACUCUCGUCGGCGCUCUUUAUCGUGUCAUUGGCACGGAGUUUGGCGCCCACUUCGUCUAUACCCUGGUGUCAAGAUACAACACAUUGGCUGGCGGAUUGUCUCCACCCACUCUCCUGGCGGAGACCAUCUACGAGACACCGGACGCCUCGAAAGAAGGACUCAAUCUUCUCACUCUCAUUGCCGAGUUGUACAACGCUCAGGUAGUCUCGGCCACACUUAUCUACGAUCUCAUCCGGCGAUUUUUGGACUCGGGUAGUGAGGCUGAAGUCAUAGGAGAACAAGAAGUCGAGGGGUUGUUGAAGAUUAUGCAGAGCUCGGGACAACAACUACGCUCAGACGAUUCGGCCAGUCUUACGGACAUAGUAGGUGUGUUGCGAGGCAAGGUCAAAGGCAAGGAAAGCACCCUGACAUCCCGUGCUCGAUUCAUGAUCGAGACUUUGUCGAAUCUGAAAAACGGCAAACAGAAAUCCACUCAGAGCGAUGCUCUGAGCUUAGAAAGGAGAAGGAAAUUCCUCUCUGGUUUGGGCCGGAAGCAACUAAUGGCUUCUGAGCCUCUGCGGGUCUCUUUGAAUGACUUGCUGAACGCGGAUGUACGCGGCAAAUGGUGGCUCGUGGGUGCCGGUUGGUCGGGGAACCCGUUGGCAGAAGUACAGCCCACUCGAUCGAGGAAGAAAACAAAGAUCGAUGAAGAACAAGCCUUGCUUAAAAUUGCCCGAAAACAGGGCAUGAACACGGACAUCAGAAAAGCUGUUUUCAUCGUCUUGAUGACGAGCGAGGACUACAUACAUGCAUGCGACAGGCUGAGCGCCUUGACAAUGACAGAGGUACAACAACGUGAACACGUCAGAGUUGCUUUGCAUUGUUGUGGUACAGAAACCGUGUACAAUCCAUACUACACACUCAUUCUUAAUCACCUAUGUUCCUCCUCUUAUUCACAUCGCUUCACUCUACAGUACGCACUCUGGGACUUCCUACGCGAGCUCGGUGAAGAUAUCUCAGGGGAGUCAUCUCACCCAUCUGGCAAACUCACUCGGUCUGUUGGCAAAGAGCGGAUCGUCAACCUGGCGAAAACACUCGCCUACCUCGUCGCGAGGAACAGCAUUGACCUGACCAUCUUCCGUAUCCUCGACUUUACCUCGCUCCAGACAUCCACCCACAGAUUCCUCGCCAACUUUCUUUCUGUGCUCAUGCUGUCCACCCAGACCACGUCUCCUCUUUUCUCCCUUCCCAGAGCGUGGGGGUUAGAAUCCAUCGACCAUACGGCCAUCGAAAACAUUUUCCAUGAAAUGCUCGAUAAACCGGAACUCGCUCAAGGAUGGGCUUUCUUCAUCAAAACCAAAGCGUCAGGAAGAAUGAUAGAGAAGGUUCUGGAUGAUGUAACAGAAGGGCAGAAACAUUGCAUUGGCCAAGGGCUAAACAUAGUGUCUAAGAUACUCUCCCAAACUGUAUGA